AUGAUCCCUAUUAUAGAUGAGAAUGUGUUGGGAAAUUUCAAAAUGAUGGCUAGGGCACAAAAAUUUCAUGAAAUUAAACACUUGUAUGUAGAGCACAAGACUAAAACUGUGCCAAUGAAUUUCCCUCACCACUUGAUGAACUCACCAUCGAAGAGGAUAGAAAGGUUUAUCCAUCUCUUGGUUACAGAAGACCCAAGAGUAACAGUUGAUGAUGGAAUUGCAUACAUCAAGCAAAUUCUGAACAUGACAAUUCCAGGAGAAAAGAUUGAAGAUGUGAUGGACAUUGGCUAA